GCGUUAAGCUUAGUCUUGGUCUAGUACUCGGGGUUAUACAUGACAAUAUAAAAUAUAACUUUCGUAAACCUGGUCCAUUUACCCUAAUCCUUGACUAUGGAGAAAAACAACAAAUGUUGUAAACAACUAAAGGAACCUGGGGCGCCAAAUCCACCACCACUUAACGCUCAUAAGCAGCUUAAAUUCAGGGACCUAGAAUGCCGUUCGCGUAAGGAGAAAAUUAAAUCUACAGAAAAUGUGCCUAAGUCCUGCAAACAUCAUUGUACAACAAAUAAACACCAGAGAAGACAAGACCAUCAUUGCGAUCAUAAAAAACAUUCGUGCAAAGAUCGUGAGUCCCCUGUUAACCAUGAACAGCACUUUCAUCGUGCUCAAAACUCGUUUGCCAAAAAGUCUUCCAAUGGUAAUUAUCAACAGACCCAAAAUCAGCAGUGUCAACAGCAGUCGAAAUUGAAGGUGGAGAGGCAACCCAGUCCAGUUUGCACACCGAAACAGCCAAUUCGUCCAGUAUAUUUCCCUAAUGAUAGCAAGAAGCAGAAGGCAGCCAUUGAAAAAGGCUGUGGGGACCUCCUCCUCUAUAGGAAUCUGUCCUUUGAAGCGUACCCAUCUAGUAAAAGUGAGCACGGUGAGGGGGAGGGUGGUAAUGUGAAGGAAACUCCACUUCGGCUAAGCCACCAGAAGCAAAAGAAAGACUCAUUUGACCACCUUAAAGCGGCCAAGGCUCAUUGCCAGGCUGUUGGCGAACGAUUCCUGAAGUUCGCUCCUUGCAGUAAGUGCUCCUCCUCCAACGACUCCAAACCGUCGAAACCGUCCGGAGCAACAGUGAUCAGUGCGAAAAGCGGAGACGAUCUCAGAGCAGCAGUUCGGUCUCAAAUUGAAGUCCAAGAGGCCUUGAACGCGUUUACACUUGAAGUGAAGAAUAAAAGGGAGGAAGUACCACCCGAAGAGAAAACCUCCAGUGGCAAGCCGAAAAAGAGCAGAAAAACUACGUCCGAUACGAUAACUGAGAAAACAGUGGUUCCCACAGCUGGGAGUCCCCCAUUAAGUAUCCCAACGCCAGACGAUCUAGAACUCGUCAAUCUAAGUGACAGUACUAGUGAGGUAGCUAAAAUACUCGAUCCGGUUAUCAGAAACAUUCAACGCAUGUAUCUGAACACUUUGAAAGACGAAAUGACCCUCAUGGAGUAUCUGGCUAAGGUCCCGACAUUAAUCACAAAAGCUUAUAAGCAACCAACCGAUGAAAAGGAGCAAAACAGCCCAACGGAAUGUUAGAAGCACAUUUCAAUUCUGUUUAUGUAGUGUUGAUAUAUUUGAUCAGUAACAUUUAGCGACAAGCAAUAGCAAAUAGUAGUU